AUGCUCCUUCACAACCGUCUCCUUGUCUUUGACCAAGAUUUCCCACUUCUCUUUUCAUCAAUGGAUGAAGUUGAAUGGGGACAUUUUCCAUGUCACAAUCCUAUACGUUACCCUUACUUUGAGACCACAUUAGGUAACCUUAUGUUACACAAGAGCACCAAAACCCAUGUGAUUCGGUCAUUGCUUGGCCACAUUGAGGAUGAAGCUCAACGCCUUGUGGGGUUGGCUAAUUGGAACUAA